UCAAUCAUAUUCUCCACAAACAUGGGUCUUAUAACGAAAACGGUUAUCAGCCAAUUCUUGGCCUCUCUAACGGUUGAGUUGACCGAAGAGGUGAACGAUGCGCAAAUAACGCACAUUUUUAUUUCCUCUCCUAUUGCAGGGGUUUUAAUUAUUAUUUUUUUUCUUUCUCCGCAAUGUUGAGCGGGAUUUAAAUUUUUAACCGUUUUGCAUAUUGUAUGAUUUUGUUGAUGG